AUGAGUCAUCGCAAAAUGGUGUCGAUAGUUGACCUCUGUACAUCUAUAUCAAACAUCAGCUAUCAUCUUAAUCAACUGUGCGUCUGGCGGAAAAUAUACUGCACGCAACACUUCGCUUAUACCGUACGUGAAAGUACAGUCCAUUCUCCCUAUCUAUGCAAGUACCUCAGCUCAGGUGUGGAGGCGCAAUUCUCGAGCUUGCAACUGUCAACAUCCGAUUGUCUUCCACACCCCAUUCGCACACCAAUUGCAAGCCCCUCCCGUACCCAAACCACUGUUAACGACGGAACGGAAAGAGAAUUCUCUGCAGGUGCCCAGCCGUCUUUGGAAACCUCAUCGAUCCCAUGGAGGUUCAAAACAAAGAGAGAAAGCAGAUCUGUCAAACACCAAUCCCCGAGCCAACUAAUCGCGCAUGUGCAGGAGACAACAGACAACAGAGCAUGA